GCUACGUGACGUCAUCGUGCUGCGCCAAGGACUAUCCAAAUUAGAAAGUCGACAAAUAUGUUCUCCUCCAUUGAGAAGUCUGCAUUCAAACCAGCCUUCAUGGCCCGUAAAAAAAGUCACCAUUACGAGGCGAAUCAAGCGAGAAGGCUGAGGAAGGCUAGCCCAUCUGAAUUCCCAAAGCUGGUUCGCGGCUGGAGAAGGAGCCUCCGAACGUCUGGCCUUCGUCGACCGGCAACCAAGAUGGAAAAUGUACUUGAAGAUAUCGUGGCCAUGGUGAAGCAACACCCAGAAGGGAUCCCUGUGAAUAAACUCUCUCAAUACUACAGCAGGACUUACCUUCGCAACCUGACUAUAGCGAACCUGGGCUUUCGGUCCAACGAUGAGCUUAUAUGCUCUCUGGAUAAGGAUCUGGUUAUGGAGGGAAACCUAGUGUUUCACAAGGACCACAAGGGCAAUGAAGGUAAAGUUGAAGCUGGGGCUGGUGCAGAGGCUGGUGCUGGUGCUGGUGCUGGUGUUGGGGAAACCUUAAAAACAAAAAAGGAAACAAGGAAACAAAAGAAGAUGAAGCAAAAUAUUACGACCAUGAUGACAGAACUUCCACAGGGGAUUCCCUUGAAGAAUCUGGCUGUUACCUACAGUCAGAAAUACAAGCAAAAUCUGAAAUUAGCAUCUCUGGGCUUCAGUUCUAUUUCUUCCCUGGUCGAAACUUUCACAGAUCUGGUACUAGAAGGGGAGCUGGUGUUUCACAAAAUCCACAAACCUCGAGAUCCACAAGGAGCAACAUUGGACAGCAGCCCUUCUGUGGAAUCCCACAAUCACCACAUUCCAAGACUCUUAGGCGAGCCCCCUUUAGUUAACCCUACCUGCUCUGGAUUGGACCAUCAGGCCCUGUACCAGAGGAUUGAGGAGGUAACCAGAGUAUUCCGGUUGACUGAUCCAUCCAUGGACCAACUGGAAGUUUACUAUUUUAAGCACUUUGGUGAAAAGCUUCCAUUUGGGCUGUACCUAUCCAUGUAUGAUAGUUUGCAACCAAGUGGGCACAAGGGCCUGCCAAGUCCACAGUCAGUACAACAACAGGCUGCUGCAGGCAGUACCGCGUCAGACUCCAACACAAAGACAAAAAGCAACAGUGCUACUGCGUUUAGGGAAUUUUAUAAUACUCAACUGAGAGAGGUCCAUAGAGAUAAUAUGCGAGCCCUAGACGCUAUGCAAAAUUAUGGAGAAUUCCAAGGUUGGAGAAAAAGAGAUCUGGACCCAGACAUGAUCAACAAUCUGAUGGAAGGUGUGAUACGAGAGCUCGCAGGAGAGGGAGAGCUGGUCACCAAAGAGAAGGUGGUCUCAAGAGCAUACAACCUAAUGCAGAUUUCUUCUACGGAAUCAGCAAGGAUAAAUCCUCGCAAUAUUCCUGCUCUGAAUGACCUUCAUUCCUUGACGAAAGAGAUAUCAUUGUUUAUACAGUCUACUGAAGCGACCAUGUCCAUCUCAACCCUGUAUGAGGUGGGGCAGUCGCUGGCUGGUCUGAAGAACAAAAAGCGCUACGAGGAGCUGAAUCUGGGACCGCUGUGUAAAAUGCCUCUCAUCCACCGCAUGUUCAAGAUUGACAGUAACACCAUGGAUGAUGAUAUCCCUCAGAUUGAGACGAUAGACAUCUUAAAGCAACUUCGCAAUUUUCGAAGAAAGUCAAACAAGCCCAAAAUAGACCUGGCUGAGUUUAUGAAGCACCUAGCAGACCAUUAUAACUGUGACUCUCCCUACGAGCUGGGCAUCAGGAUCCAAAGUCUUGGGCUGCCCAUAGCGACAUUAAGCAAAGUGAGUCGUUGUCAGCAAGCCAUAUUGGACAAGGCCACAGAAACCAUUCAGAAAGAGCUGGAAGAGGAGACCCUGGAGAAUCUGCGAAAGCUAAAGAAGAAUAUCCUGACUCCAGUACAAGGCAUAAGCUCCUCCUUUACAGGGGACAUGGACCUCAGAAAAAAAUACGCCUCCUUGACCGCAGCAGAGGUGGUACUGAGUGUCUUCUCAAAUGCAGAACGGGUGUUCAGCUCCACAAUGCUAACGCACAUCCGGAACUUCCUAACGCAUGUGUCAGGUGACAGGCUGGCUACAGCUCUUUUUCAGCUCGCAAUCUGCGGUAGCUCGCUGGCUGUCCCACAGGACCAAGUGGCCAAGGAGACGGUUUCCAAAACCAAACAAAAGCAAACAGACGCAGUGGAAGACAUACCUACUGCAGAACUUCCCAGUGAAUCCAAUGUGAAGCAGUACCUAAAAGAAUGCCUAUCCUCAAUGACCUCGACCAUCCGUUUAACCGACAUCGCCUCCCUUGAGAGGAAGUUCACCAAACACUUCAACGUCAAAGACUUUCAUUCCUUGGGCAGAGGCAGCUUCUUGAUGUUCUUGGUUCAGCACAUUCAGCUACUGCAAGACAUGCUUGGUUCAGCUUUGAUUCUGGGAGGUGGCAUGCAACUAGAAGGAAGUGGUUUCAGACCCACCAGACAAGACAUAUUUGAGUUCAUCAAACAAUGCGGUCAAAAUGCUUCUAGUGGUCAAGACGAAAUGUUCCUCAUUGAGUUGGCGCUGCGGUCCCAUUACGGGGUGCAAGACAGUCGGGACUUGGGCUACGGCACUCUGCAGACACUGGCUAGUCUUGUCCAACGCCAGAAAGACCUGGCUGGAGGAGGAGUGAGCCAGGUCUUCUUUGAGUCUGCCUUAUUUGCCAAGCAGGGCAUUUCAAGUACCACCAGCAGUGGAAGCGGUGAUGAGGCCGUGGGGCUCCUUGGGGAGAUGUCAAAGAUCCAGGCUUUGGCCAGCUUGCAGUCUUGUCCUUUGUUAGAGGAUUUAAGUGAAUGGAGUCAAUGGGACCUCAUCUUUAAACCCUUUCAUGGCUCCAUCAAAGCAUUUAUUGAGAGAAAUGCCGCUAAUACAGGCCUAGCGGCACUGGAGGUGGCGCCAUGUUUGUUGCUCAGGAUAACCACAGACACAGGUGAUAAGGAUUUCGCCAAUGCUGCCAUGACCCUUGACCCCGUCGGCACAGCUGGCCACCUGGUGUCCAUCGUUGUGGCCGAUGGGAUCACAAAUGCUCCCACAGCCCUCUUAGCCAAUCACGUUCAGAGCUCACUGGCUGCAGCUGUGGCUAAAGAAGAUCUGUCCCGAGCUGAAGAGGACCUGUCAUGUUACAGCACAGUGGCUAAUUUCCUUUUGGAUUGUUUGGCUCGAAUACCAAACAGAAUCUGUCAGGCUCUUUUGCAGCAGGUGUUUUUGGAGCCUUUUUCCAGAGUCUUGGGUCAAACCAAGUCAAAACAAGUCCUAAUCGCUGUGGCUCAGUCAAACUCGAGACACAUAAACUGUUUGCAUCGACUGGGCAUCGUCCUGGGCAUCACAGAGUGGGUGAAGGACUACCAGAAAAAGCUGACACCCUCACAGUGCAAAAACGACAUCUUAUAUACUGGGCCUUUGGUGCAAACACAGUCUAAUUUAGACUCCGAGAGCAGUAGUCUUUUGAGUCUGAACUUGAGUGAAGACGGAUAUCUUGACAUAAACACAACCGACAGCAGCCGUACCUCCCCCCAUCUCAACCAGAACCCUCAACAAGGCACUGCAGAACAAGAAGAGCCAUCAGAGGAAGAAUCGAAUGCAGAAGAGCUGAUUGAAUCUGCCUCACUAACGGAUGAAGAGAUGUCCAACGACAGCAGUGAGUCUCAAGGUGACCAUGACGAUCAGCCAGAACAUCUGGACCCUACAGUAGAUUUCCACAGAACCAUCAUUGAGGAAAUAAGGAAAAACGAGUUUGGUAUUGGUGUGGAACUGACAGCUGAAGGGCAGAAGCUAAUGCAGGUCCACCAGGAAAGGCUUGGCAGGAGCUUGGAUCGUCUCUCCACGGAGCUCUACAGCAAAGACACGCAUUUUGUUCUGGAACUCAUUCAGAAUGCAGAUGACAACAGUUAUCCAUCGGAUGCUGGAGUUGUUCCAGCUCUGGCUUUUGUGGUCGAGAGGGACUGCAUCACCGUUCUCAACAAUGAGAUCGGCUUUCAGGAGACAAACAUCAGGGCCAUUUGUGAUGUGGGUCGUAGCACCAAGGGGAAACACAAGUAUGGCUACAUCGGACAAAAAGGCAUUGGCUUUAAGUCAGUAUUCAAGGUCACAGACUGCCCAGAGAUCCACUCCAACGGCUUCCACUUGUUUUUCGACAAGACCCGCGGCCCCAUGGGAUACAUCCUCCCUCACUGGACCAAUGAUGAGAGGCCUUUGGACCCACUGAUCAAUGACACAUUGCAACACAGCUGGAACACCAAGAUCUGCCUUCCUCUGCGCUCGGAGAGCCAUCAGACUCGAAAUUUGUUCCAUGAUGUGCACCCUUCCCUGCUGCUGUUUCUGCACCGUCUGCGCUCUAUCACCAUCUACACUCAGGCUGAGAACCGACUUGUGACAAUGAGUCGUAAAGACCUGACUCAUAAUGUGCUUGAGGUGGAGCAUUCCGAUGGCACCGAGCGCUGGCUAGUGGUCAAAACCACACUGAAGCCCAAGAUGAUCAAAGAGAACGUUGAAUCAACCGAGCUUGCCCUGGCCUUCCAACUUGCCACCGACAGUACAGGAAGUGAUGUCAUAUGUCAGCCACAAAAACAGCCUGUCUUCGCCUACCUGCCUCUUCGCAGCUUUGGCUUCCGCUUCAUUGUUCAAGGUGACUUUGACAUCCCUUCUUCUCGGGAGGAUGUUGACAGGGACAGUUCAUGGAACCAGUGGCUCCGGUCUGAGAUACCACAACUCUUCCUUCAGACCAUGAAGGUCUUCAUUGAUCACCCAGACUUUACAGGGCUUAAGGGUCUCUGCCAGUUCCUGCAGUUUAUCCCCCUGCCUGAUGAGUUGUUGGACUUCUUUAAACCUGUUGCCAGUCAGAUUAUCCAGUUGCUCAAGGGCAAGGCCUUCCUGCCUACACUGACCUCAGACGGUCAGGUUGUGUACAAGCUCCCAUCCCAAGUGGCAGUCUGUCGAGAUGCUGUGAUCCGCACCGUGAUCGGCCAAGAUGAACUGGAAAAGCAUCUGUCGCUAUCAUAUCUCCAUCCUAGUCUAAGCCCCGCCCCUCCUGCCUCUCUUCUUGCCCACCUGGGAGUUCGAAACCUUCGGGGCUCUGAUGUUACCAUAGUAACCACAGCUAUGGCCAAGCAGCUGAUGAGAGACCAGAGUAUCCACACUGAUGCUGGCCUGCAUCAGUUGGCCAGACUUCUUGUUUGCAACUUCAGAGCUGUGGAGCACGGCUAUGGGGAAGGAGAUGCAAUUUUACAGAGUCUUCGGAGCCUACCCAUAAUUCCUCUGGCUGAUGGACGGGUGGUGGCACUAGAUGGGGAAGGCGUGUUCUUCCCAAUGGAAGAAAGCAAGACCAAGAAAAAGACACAUGAAGCCCAAACUGGAUAUUUGUCUGCAUUGUACAAAGAUGUAAACGUCAUACAUCCGUCUCUUCUGAGCUGUGUGGAGCCUUUGGAAAGUCAGCAGCUGCAGGAGCUGCUGAGGAGACUGGGAGUUCAUCAGUUUGAAGCCCAAGAGCUGCUGGAGCAGCACAUCUACCCAACACUAGAAACCCAAAAAUGGAAGUCCAAACCGGAGGAGGUGGUAGUCAGUUACUUGGUGUUCAUCAAGCAGCACUGCACCUCCAGCCAGGAGUACUCCGACAUUGCAAUGCCCGUCCUCACCAACAAGGGGCUGCUGUGCCCACGCCAAGACCGGGUACACUUCUCUGAAGCCUAUGACAACGUAGACCUAACAAAGACAUUGCCUGGCUGUGACUGGGUUCUGCUGAGCCCCAGCUAUGUGCAGGCAGACCAUGAUAUCGCAGGAUGGAGGCAACUGUUCAGCAGACUGGGCGUCAGAGAUGGCCUCAUCAUCCGAAAAGAGAGACAGACGCUGACGCCCAAAGAGCUGGCCUCCAGUCCCUGGUCAGUGGAAAGCGCCACGUGGCCCCAAACUUGUGGGGAAAACUACGUGCUUGACGACUACCCUUGUGAGGAGUUCCAUGCUUUGGCCACUGCCCAGCUCGACGCCCCCCGCCUCCUGGAUCAGAGAAGGGCAUUGCUAAAUCUUCUGGCCACCAACUGGGACACGGGACAUUGCUACUCGCAGUACCUCACAGCCGAAGUGAUCCACGGCAAUGGACGGCCAAUCAGGACGACCAAGUCUUCCUUCUACCAUUUCCUGUGUCAUCUUAAAUGGAUGCCGGCCUAUCGCCCACAGCAAGGAAAAACUCCAGAGAUAAAGUACCUGUGUCCAAACUCAGUCUAUCUGAACUCAAGUGAGAUCACCAGCCUGCUGGGGACGCAUGUCGAUUACGUGGAAAUGGACCCCAGCGAGUUCAGCAGGGCCGUGGGUGUGAGACAAAACGUGUCAGCGGACGCUCUAAUUGGCUAUCUGAAGGAAUGGUGCGUCAAACCAGCAGCGGACCCCCAAGAGUUACCUGGCGACGUGUCCGAGGGGGCACAUUUUACAACCACAGUUCAGCACAUCAAAAACAUCUACACCUACCUACAGAAAAACAGCCCCCAGAGCAGCCUGAAGGAGCUCUUCCAGCACAAUCCAGCAGUAUUUGUACACCAGGAGUACAGCGAGCAGAGUAACGACUGGUGUUCGGGGCGCUUCUACCACCUGAGGGAUGUGUGCUGGAUUGACCCCACUUGUAUGUUCCAGCGGUACAGACCACUAAUUCAGGGACCGGACAGUCCUGUAGAAGAUCCCAAAGUCCUGGCUCCGUUCUAUAGCAAACUGGAAGGCAUGAGGGAUUUCUUCAUCAGGCUGUUGAACGUGGACGCCAGCCCCAACAUGAAGCAAUAUGUCGGCCUUUUGGAAGUCAUCUCCUCAUCGUCUCCCAUCCCAGCCGCUGAAGUGCUGCAGGACGUGUCCGUGCUCUACGCCACACUCGCGGACAAGUGUAAAAUCCAAGUGCACGGCGAACACGAGGACAUGCCUCAGUCUGGACUUGAUGGCAGUUACUGCUCCACCUUGAAAGGCAUGGUAUCGGACAAGAAAGUGUUCCCCACCAAGGAUAACAGCUGGGUGAGUCUGGCACGUAAGCCCAUGAUCGCUGACAGUAAAGAGCUGGAGAAGAUCUUUAAACCCCGCAAGGAAGUCUGCCUGCUCAACCUGCCGCCUGCAGAGAAGAAGAUUGCACCAAGGAAAAAUGCAGGCUACUCUGCGAGGACAGCGCCUGAAGAACCAGGCGUUCCCGCUUUCAGUGAAACGGACAGACUGACGUUCAUGAAGAUCUGCAAUAUCCGUCUGCUGUCUCAGUGUGUCAAAAUGGAGCCCCAGACAGAGGACUGGAGACCCUCUCCUCCCAUGCAGGCCAUGGUACGAUCCCUGAUCCCCCAUGUUCAGAAAUUCCUCUACCAUCACGAGGAGCUGGAGGACGUCUAUUCCAAACUCAUCCAGGACGACAUCGCGGCCAAAAUCAAGCGGCUUAAAUUUGUACAGGUGGGUAAACUGUACAUCCGCUACCAGCUGGAUCUGGAGGACGGUGACGAUGCCGUCGUGGAAAUAGUAGACGUCAUAUGUUUGUUGAAGGAUAAGAAGGAGCUGUACAUCCAGAAAGAUCACCUCACGGCCAAGCUGGACAUCUGCAGGGAGCUGGUGAAACUGUUUUGCCACGAGAGCGGCCACAGGAAAGAGCUGAUGAAUUUCCUGAGUGGGCUGAUUGCGUCGCUCAAUGACCCAGGAGCCCUGAAGAGGUUCUUAAUGAAGGAGGACAUCAGCGAUCUGCCCAGUGAUCAGGAACAGUGGGAAGUCCCAGAGCCCCCUCGGCCAGAAGUGACCUUGGAAAGACUGUCAUCAAGAUGUCCUGCUGCCACCAGCACCCAGAGAGAGAUAUCUCGGCCUGAAGAACAAGAUGGCGAGAAGACACUCAUUUCCUGGCCUCCACGAGCACCUCUUGUCAAUACAGGACGCUGUCACACAGGCCAUGCAGAUGAAGCGGCGGUAGAAACCGUCUUGAAGAUGUGGCCACCUCCUGCCGCGCCACAAGACAAAGACCCAGAGAAGAACGUGUCAGUCGUUCCUCAGAAUCCCAACAAUAGUAACACCGAGAGGGAACAACAAUUCAAGAACAGCAGCAGCAGACCUGCAGAACAAGCAGGACUUCCCAGAACCACCACUCAGCCGUGCCGGUCCCAGGCUGCUGCCGACGCUACACAAGCUCCAGAACGCCGUCCCGAAACCGUCAAAUGUAACGACACAGAUUGUGGAGAGCAAAGUCUGGCAGAUCCCGAACCGGCUCAGAGUUCUCCAUCUGUGCAGCCCACCCCAGCAGACACCAUUCCGGUCCCAGACGCUGUGGUACUGCCCAGCACAUUCAAGGGCUCGGAAGAUGUCACAGACGCCCAGAGACCCCCUCGAAACUUGGAAUUCCCCAUUUGGAACAAAGUCCAACCCCUCCAGGCCACAAUUGAGGACUUGGACCUGCCCUGCCAGAGACCCAGCACUGUUGUGCUAUCGGAGGACCAGAGGAACUUGACCACCGUGGGCAUGUGGGGGGAGCUGCUGGUCAACUCCUUCCUUUGCCAGUGGCGGGACAGCACCGACCCACGCCGACCCGCUCAGGUGGUGUGGUGCAACCAGAGCGGCGAAAGCGGGCAUCCAUAUGACUUUGAGCUGACGUUCAAGCCGCCGGGAGGAGAACACUGCGACGACGCGCCGGAUGUCGUGUACGUGGAGGUGAAGUCCACCAUGAAGAAAGAGAGGUCCUUCAUCGUUCUCUCUGCCAAUGAGCUGAGCUUCGCGCUAACGAGGAAAGAGCGCUACCACAUCUUCAGGGUGUACAACGCCGGAGACGCAGACAAAGUGCGCUUGUGUCGCAUCCAGAACCUGGCACAGCAACUCCACACCAAGACCCUGGAACUCUAUCUCUUUGUCUGAUGUUUCUCACCUGACUUUUAGUGCACUUGUAUUGCGAUAUCUACUGUCCUACUUUUACUCCGUUUUUUUGGUGUAGUACAAUUUUUAAACCUCGUCUCACUGAACCUUCUCAAUCUGCACACCUUUUUCGAUAAAGACAUUUCUCGUGUAA